GAAUCACUUUUGGAAGUAACUUUACGCGAGCGGGGGUAAAAUUCUAUCGCGCAGUUUUUCCUCGCAGACACAUUCGAUUGCUCUCGUAGAAAAAAACGUUAGGGUUGUGGAUUUCCCUUUGGAAGUAAGCUCAAGUGAAUUGACCCAAUAUCAUCCACGAUGGAGGUGAAGCAAGAGCAGGAAAACAUUUAUCUCUUCGUACCCAACAUCAUUGGUUACGCACGGAUCGUGUUGGCAAUUGUUUCCUUCUACUACAUGCCCACCGACUAUGUGAUUGCCAGCUGGUGCUACAUCAUCAGCGUACUGCUUGAUGCACUCGAUGGCCAUGCGGCACGGCAUUUCAACCAGUCCACCAAAUUCGGUGCCAUGCUGGACCAGCUUACCGAUCGGUGCGGUACAUGCGGUCUGCUGGUAACACUCAGCUACUUCUACCCGAAGUACAUGUUCUGGUUCCAGCUUUCGAUGGCAAUCGAUGUAGCAUGCCACUGGUUCUAUCUGCACACGACGGUCCUUCAGGGCAAGACGUCGCACAAGUUUAUCGACAUGUCCGGUAAUCCGAUUAUGCGUGUCUACUACACCAACCGUACCGUGCUUGGCUUCAUGUGUCUGUUCAACGAGCUGUUCUAUGCCGCACUGUAUCUGCUCCACUUUACACCGGGUCCGCUCCUGCUGGGCUUCUCCACGUUUAAACUACUUGCGAUUGUGUCAUUCCCGGUCGCCAUCGUCAAAACUGGUAUUUCGGUAAUCCACGGCUUUGUGGCCAGCUGCAACAUCGGCGUAAUAGACGUGGCGGAGCGUGCCGCACAGCGGGAACGCGAAGCAAACAAAAAACCGCAGUAAAUCGCGGUAACUGACCGUCCCGCAUGCGGCCAACAUAUGGAAAUGUUUUUCCCCCUCGUUUUUCCCGCCAAGGGAUAUCCCUGUUCAAAAAUGAGAUGCAUGCUCUUUAGAUGGAUGGGAGGGAGUGCUCUCUGACGGUUUGUCCGGUCUCUAUUUCCGCGGCUGACAUUCAGACGACCGAGACCGGGAGCUUCCGAAGCUAUCCGACAAAAAACGAUUUAUGCCAAAGGACGACAACAGAUGGAAACAAUCUAUUAAUGUGUUUAGAAGAAAACAAAUUCGUGUAUUUAAGUGUUGUUAACUAAUGUAGCUGAAAUUUUAAAUCCCCUUUCGCUGACGAAACAUAAAACAAGGGAUAACAUUGUUUUGCACCUGAACUGCUGCAUCGCGCACUGUGAACGAGACAAAUUGUUAAAGCGAGUCGAUGUCGAAGAAAGGGUAUGGAAACGGAAACAUAGUCAUGCACAUUCCACUGGCGCAUCCACAAAACAGAAAUUCAAACCGAACAAUCGAUAUUUUGCUAAUCAGAAAGAUAUAUCUACACUCUUCCCUCGGUGUGGUACAACAUUGUAGCUUCAAAGAAGUAUAAUUAAUCGCAAUUCUCCCCAGCACAUAGACCCCCCUAGGUGGACGUAUAGGUCAUCCCGUUCGCUUAAAUAGUAGUAUGUACUAUCGUCCGGAAAAAAAUAGUAGUUGGCGUGACCAAAACUACCUUCAUAAGUCAAGUGUAAUCACAUCAAAUUGUUUAGUGUAGUUUCAAACCCAUUUCAUCAAUGUGACUUACAAACCCUCCCUUGUGUCUACCAAUAAAUAGCCUUUCUCUGUAUUAAAUGGAUAAU